UUCACGGUGUAGUUGCAGUUCGUCUCCGCGCCGCGGCGUGUCGCUGUGUCGCAGGAGCUGCUGCGCCUCGGAGGGGAAGUGCGUCAGUGGUCCGUGUGACCGGAGGACCCCAGAGCUCACGAUAAACUGCAUCAGUUACACAGAAACAGGCAGAACCUGAUUAAAAUGACUGAGACUGGUGUGAUGUGGUGAUGAUGCUGGUGUGUGUGUCAGAUGGCCUUCAGGCUGCUGGUGAGGAGGGUUAGUGGCGUCUCGUGCUUCUCUCGUCUGAACACGUCCCAGCCGCUCCUCCCGCUGUCCUCCUGCAGGAGCGCCUCGUUUACGGUGCAGGACCACCAGGACUUCACCGACAGAGUCCUCAACAGCCGGCUGCCCGUCCUCAUCGACUUCCACGCGCAGUGGUGUGGUCCGUGUAAAAUCCUCGGCCCGCGGCUGGAGAAGGCCAUCGCCAAACAGGAGGGUCGAGUCUCCAUGGCCAAAGUGGACAUCGAUGAACACACAGACCUCGCCAUCGAGUACGGGGUGUCGGCGGUUCCCACGGUGAUCGCCAUGCGCGGCGGUGAUGUCAUCGACCAGUUCGUGGGCAUCAAAGAAGAAGACCAGCUGGAUUCUUUUGUGCAGAAGCUGAUUGGAUAGUGAAGCUGUCAAUCACUGCCCCCCUUUAGCCCCGCCCACCAUUACAUUUAAUUACAGACACAGACGUCUUCGCUUCUCCAUCUCUCCUGCUUUCCUUAACUGUGUGUGUCGAUAUGUGUUUUUAGAGGGUCUGUGGCAGUGCAUCGUGAUUUACCGCGGUAAAAAUGUUGUAAAGUGUGCUCGGACGUCCUGUAGCUGCUGUACUUUGCUUUGGAGGAGAACUGAAGGAUGGUACGGCUGACGCAGAUCCUCAUCCGGGCCACAUGAGAGCGCUUCCUCUCUACUGUUUUACACCUGAAUGCCUACUAAUGUGAAAGUGUGUGAUGCUCUCUCUCUUUUUUUGGAUCUGACUGUGAAUUUGGUGCAGGGUGCGUGGGAUUGAUGAUGCUUUUGUUUAGACUGUAAAUUAUAUAAAUUGUAAUAUAAACAACUAGUCAAGAUGAAGUUAUGAAUAAAGCAACUGUACUGUAUUUAA